AUGAGAUGUGACUCACAUCUCAUCCCGCCGCAACCUCCUUUGCCUCCAGCAUAUAACAAGCCCCCCGACCCCCGCCGCCACAAACCCUCUGCCGCACCCACCACCUCCUCCACAAUGUACGCCCUUCUCCCCCUCCUCCCGUUCUUGCUCCUCGUCCUGUACUUGCUGCCACGCCGCCCGUAUCUCCGCGGCCCGCCGCUGCUGUCCGUGCUGCUUCCGGGGCCCGUGCGCACCUUCCACGCCAACCCGAACCGCCUCACGGAGUGCCUGUCGGCCAUCUCGCGCACGCACGGCGAAGUCUUCGCCCUGUGGCUGGGGCUCUCGCGCGUCGUCUUCACGACCGACCCGGCCGACAUGGUCCACAUGUCCUCCGACACCCGCCUCUUCCCGCGCGCGCCGCGCAUGCGCGCCAUCUUCGAACUCGCCGUCCCCGGCGGCAUCUUCGCCAUGUCGCAUGAGCAGCACCGCGUCGUGCGCGCCGCCCUGCACCGCAACUUUAACCACUCCAUGCUCCGCGGCUUCCAUCCCGCCAUGAAGCGCGCCGUGGACACCCUGUGCGAGGCCCUCCGCCGCGCCGCCGCCGCAGGUAAGCCCGUCGACAUCUCCACCCUCCUCUCGUCCACCACUUUCAUGAUCAUCCUCAACGUCGCCUUCGGCGGCGACUUCUCCCCCGCCGACUGCCUCAAGUUCGCCGCCGACAUCGACAUCCUCUCCGAGGAGCUCAUGCUGGAGUACGUGCAGUACUGGGUGCGCGCGGCGUUCGAGUGGGCGGGCUCGCGCGCCCGCUUGUUCGCGUGCAAGAAGCGCAUCUAUGCCAUGUGCAACCAGUUUGUGCAGCGCCGCCUGGCGGAGACCCGCGCUGACAAGGAGGCGCGCGCGCCCGACAUGCUGGACACCAUCCUGAGCCUGGACCAGGUCCCGGAGCACGAGCUGGCCUCGCUCAUCGUGGAGUUCGCGAUCGCAGGCUCGUACACCACCAGCCAGACGAUGACGUGGAGCCUGUACGAGACGUGCUGCGUGCCGCGCGCGCGCGAGGCCGUGCACGAGGAGCUUGCGCGCAAGUUUGGCGGCAAGGGCGCCGAUGAGAUGCUGUCGUUCGAGGAGGUGGAUACCCUUGAGUACGUGCGGAACGUCUGGAAAGAGAGCACGAGGCUGCACCCCAUCAGCCCGCUGCUGGAGCGCGUGGUGACGGAGGACGUGACGCUCAAGGGGACCGGGGUGCGCCUGCCCAAGGGCACGAUACUGUACGGGAACAUCAAGCGCAUGCAGACGCACCCUGGCAUCUGGAGCAAGGCCGACGAGUUCAGGCCCGAGCGGUGGGGCCGCCGCGGCAUCGAGGCGGAGCGCGUGCCGUUCGGGGCGUACGCGGCGUUCGCGUUAGGGAAGAUAAAGUGCGUGGGCAGGUUCCUCGCGGAUUAUGAGGGCCCGUUGAUUAUCGCAGAGUUGCAUAGACGAUUCAAGUUUCAGCUCGCGUGUGAGAAGGACGAGGUUGUCAACCGGUCCAACUUUGUCGAUCUCCCGCGGUACUUGAAUAAGAGCACCGGGCAGGAGGAGGGCAUUCCGAUGUAUGUAGAGCUGCGCUGAGAGGGACUUUGAUGGUUGGGAGGAAUAGUUGUGGUUAGAUAAAUAGUAUGUAGGAGGAUGAUUGCAUGUAGGGUUUUCUGAGACGGGAGUGUAGAGUUGACGCGAAAGGUGGCGAGCGACGGGAGGCCGGAAUAAAAGCACGGCUUCCGCAGGCGACGCAACGCAUGCAUUGGAAAGCGAAAAGUGAUGUGAGAAAUCACAUCACAUCAGUUCUGGUGCUCGGCGUUAAAGAAACAGACUUGUCGCGAGAGUAGUUCCACCGGCGCGUGUUGCCGAAAGUGGCAUAGUCGAGAUGAACUAUCUCGUUCUUUCGAGAGACGGGGCGGAAGGAAAUAAAAGCGAAGAUACAAGUGCGGCAAUAUCCUUGGGACGAAUGGUUCGAAACGGAAACUGUUACCGGUACAAUAACGCACUUAGCUUACGUAUAUACAAGGGUAGGGUGGCUCAUGCAUGUGAUGCUUUGAGAUGAUCAACAGUCAUAGUAGAUGUCAGAACCUGCACGUGUACAGCACACUUGAAUCAUCAUGAUCACUAACC